CUGACAACCCGCGGGGAGGCGCCGGGAGCGGACGGACGGAGCAGCGGCGGAGGAGACGCAGCCUUGGCGGCGGAGGCAGAUUACCAGACCAUAGAAUGGCAGGCGAACAAAAACCCUCCUGUAACCUCCUGGAACAGUUUAUUUUGUUAGCCAAAGGCACCAAUGGUUCAGCCCUCACCGCCCUCAUAAGUCAGGUCCUGGAGGCUCCUGGAGUGUACGUGUUUGGGGAACUGCUGGAGCUGUCCAACGUGCAGGAGCUUGCAGAAGGUGCUAAUGCUGCUUAUUUUCAGUUGCUGAGCCUGUUUGCCUAUGGAACAUACCCAGACUAUAUGGCCAACAAGGAGAGCCUGCCGGAACUCACCCCCGCCCAGAAAAACAAGCUGAAGCACUUGACCAUCGUCAGCUUGGCGGCCAGAAUGAAGUGUAUCCCCUACUCGGUGCUGCUGAAGGACCUCGAGGUGCGCAAUCUUCGGGAGCUGGAAGAUCUCAUCAUCGAAGCCGUCUACACGGACAUCAUCCAGGGCAAGCUGGACCAGCGCAACCAGCUUCUCGAGGUGGAUUUCUGCAUCGGCCGAGACAUUCAAAAGAAGGACAUCAACACCCUCGUCAAGACCUUGCAGGAGUGGUGUGAUGGCUGUGAAGCCGUUCUGUUAGGCAUCGAGCAGCAGGUGCUGAGAGCCAACCAGUACAAGGAGAACUUCAGCCGGACGCAGCAGCAGGUGGAGGCCGAGGUGACAAACAUCAAGAAGACCCUGAAGGCCACGGCUUCGUCCUCAGCCCAGGAGAUCGAGCAGCAGCUGGCCGAGCGGGAGUGCCCCCCGCACGCCGAGCAGCGGCAGCCCACCAAGAAGAUGUCCAAAGUCAAAGGGCUGGUCUCCAGCCGCCACUAGGGCCGGCCGGGGCGGCCGGCGCUCACCGGGCCGGGGAAGGGGACAGCAGGGGCCGUGUCCCUCUCCUUUGGCUCUCAGUGGGCUCCGGAGCUGCCCACUAGGCCGUCCCAGGUCUCCCCUCACCCACUUGGUACGGUUCUUGCUAAGCCACGCUCUCACUUCCACUCGUCCCCUUCAGACUCAGGGGCUCCAGGGAGGCCAUCUCGUAGGGUCAGACACUGCCCUGCCUCCCCCAGACUCCUCUCCCGCCUGGCCUGUAUCUGCACUGUCCAGUGGUGACCAUCUGUCAGACUGACCCUAGGUCAGAGGAAACUGUGGCCCACAGGUGUUACUCCUCCAGAGAGAGGAGGCCCUUCUCCGGGCGAGACCACACAUCCCUCCUUCCCACACCAGACGCCCCGCAGGCACACGUCCCUCCAUGGGGCGCCUCCAGCCAGGCAUCAGCAAGCCAGGAGCCUUCUUCCUGCCUCGUCACCAGUCGGCAGCUCCGACUUGAGCGGCAGAGGGACGUCCUGGGCUGUGUUUACCAAACCCACGGGUUUCUUGCCUCCUAAGCCUAGCUCACGUUUCUCACCGGUUGGAAAGAACCGGCUGAGCUGAUGCCUGAGCCCCCCCCGAACGGUGCUGUGUGUCUUUGCUCGGUGUGGUGCUGGCUGGCAGAGGCUGCCUGUCCGGGUGACACGCUCCCUUUAGGCCACCCUGCUGCCUCUAACUUCUCAGACCUCCUUUGUCCAGUGCAGGGCCACGCUGCUCGCUCCCCGGGGCAGGCUGUAGAUGCCUCCCCUCCCGAGACCCUCAAAUCCCAUGUGAUUCCAUCUUUGGUGGGAGCGUGGUGCUGGGGCCCCCAUCUGGAGGAUUUGCUGCUGUGCCCAGCCCUCGCUUCUCCUCACUUGGCAGUUGGCCCAGAGCCCUUUGAUGGUGGCAUUCUGGCCAAGGGAAUGGAGUUGACUGGCAUUUCGGAAUUCGAACUGUUUCAGGUUGUAUUUUAGGUUUUUUUGUACAGGUUUUGACUCGAACACAUUUCAACAUUUUUUUCCUUUUUUUUUCCUUUGUUGACAUUUGUUACAAAGCAACAGCAGGUGAUUCACACCUAGUUGGAAGGUUUUGUUUUUUCAAAAGUGGGAGGUGGGGAUUCUGGCCUGAUGCUGAAACAUCAGCUCAAAUGGAGGAAAAAAAGCACACUUUAGAAAAAAAUAAAAAUGCCAAUUUAAUGUA